ACGGAUAAUUUUAAGGAUAUUUUGUGACAAAAUCAUCUUUAGGCUGCCGUAUCUGUAGAAUGGCUAUAUAACUGAGGAUGGAUGAACCACCCUUUGAUCUGCAGGGUUAUAAUCCACCCAUUUCCUUGUGGCAACUUGUUGAACAACAUGUCCCCAAACACGAACAGGAUGAAAUCAAAAACCUACUCGGGGAAUCAAUGGUGGACCAGAGCUUGGAGUUGCACCAGGAGAUUGAUGUAUUGCUGGAGAUAUGGCGAGACUAUAGAGAUGAAACUAAUGACAAUCAACGUGUAAAGCUGCCAGAGCCCCCGGGACUGAGGGACAGACUCGUACAAGAAAUCAAUUUUUUUGCAGAAAAUAUCAGAGAAAAAGCUAAGAACAAUGGCCUCAACCCAGACAGACUGCUGGAAGCCAAACACUGCACAGAAAUAAUUGAGUAUGCCAUGGAUACUGCACGGUCAGGUUCCCGUUGUAUGUCCAGACCAGGGACUGCACGUUCAAGGGAUGGUUCAGAAACACCAAUGAUCGUCACACCAACAGGCAGUGACAGAAUUUCUGCAGCAUCUACACUGAGUGAAGAAAUAGAUUCAAUGAAUGAUAAACUCAACUUUUUACAUUUUGACGAAGUUGUUCAACAUUUAAGGUCAACAUUAGAAGAGGAGACUAGAAUGUUGCUUAAAGACAUAAAGUUUCUUCAGGAUUGUCUGGAAGAUGAGGCUACAUACAGAGCAGAGGUCCAGGGUACUUUCUCUCGGGAACCUACUAUAGCAGACUUACAACAAGAACGUUCCAAAAUGGAGAAGUCUUUGUUAGUUGAUGGAAUGCCAAAGAAACUUCCUCAGGUCAAGGCUCCAUUUGCACCUCAAGCUUUUAGGAGACCCCUUCCUGUAGCCACAGAUACCAGAUCCCCAUCUGCAGGUGUUACUGUACCUGAUGAAACUGCAAGUCCGGGAAGUCCCAAGGGAACUAGAACUGAUCAUUCUCACCUUAAGACUAGAGAUGGGGGAUAUAGUGCUAAUAAAAAACUGGAGACCUCUUCAGGGACUAGACAAGGACCAAUGAAAGCCUCACAUACGCUAAGGAUGACGGAAAACGUUACAGAUAAAACUGACAAUCUUGUGCCUACUGAAAAACGUUACAGUUCAGAUUCUCGAGAAAGUUCUGCUAAAAGUGCUGGUGGCAGGGUGAAGAUGAGACAUAGAGAUUUAAGUCCAGCACGAGCCAAACUUGUGUCUGUUGACAUGGCCUCAGGUAACAUUACAGACUUGUCUCCAAAUACAAAUAUGCUUCCAACACCACCUUCAUCAGCUAAGUCUCAACGACCGACAUCUGCUCAGAGAUUUAGAAGAAUGGUAUUAGACUGUCGUGAUACUUAA